AUGGCUACAACUUUAGGGGCCUUCGUUGCUGGUGGCAUAGCAGCUUGCGGAGCAGUCACAGCGACUCAUCCCUUUGAAACGGUGAAGAUCCGCAUGCAACUGCAAGGAGAACUACAAGAGAAGGCUUUGCAACCGCGCUUGUACAAAGGGCCUUUCCAUGGCGUCACAGUCAUCGUCCGGAAUGAGGGGCUUCGGGGCAUAUACCGGGGAAUUGGAGCUGCGUACAUCUACCAGAUGAUCCUCAACGGUUGUCGGUUGGGGUUUUACGAACCGAUACGAAAUACAAUAACGACUGCCAUCUACACGGAUCCGAAGACACAAAGUCUAGGGGUCAACAUCUUCUCUGGCGCGUCAUCUGGAAUCUUGGGCGCGGCGGCGGGGAGCCCAUUCUUCUUGGUCAAGACGAGAUUGCAGAGUUUCUCGCCUUUUGCGCCAGUGGGCACACAACACAGCUACAAAAAUGCCGUGGAUGGUAUGAGGCAGAUUUAUAAAGGCGAAGGGAUCACUGGGCUGUACCGAGGGGUUGGAGCUGCUAUGGUGAGGACCGGCUUCGGAAGCUCGGUCCAGUUGCCAACAUACUUUUUUGCGAAGAGGCGGCUGGUCAAACAUUUGGGGAUGGAGGAAGGCCCUGCACUGCAUUUGGCAAGCAGUACUGCGAGUGGAUUUGUGGUUUGCUGCGUGAUGCAUCCACCUGACACCAUCAUGUCUCGCAUGUACAACCAGAACGGCAAUCUAUACCAAGGUGUAUUUGAUUGUCUAGCGAAGACGGUGAAGACCGAGGGCAUACUCGCCAUCUAUAAAGGGUUUCUGCCCCAUCUGGCAAGAAUAUUACCCCAUACUAUCCUGACCCUCAGUCUGGCGGAGCAAACCAACAAGCUGAUGCGGAAAUUCGAGAACAAGAUCCUCCCUGCAAUCGAGGAAACGAACCAAGUUUGA